UAUUUGAAUGAAUGAUGAUAGAUGGACAAGUUGUGUGGGCUAGUACGGAAUAGAGUCAUUCUAAGAGGCUUUUGUAGCCAAAGUUUGAACCUUCAUCAACCAACACAACAAAGUUCUAGAAUUCAAUAUUUUGGUAAACCAGAUACUUCAAGAUAUUUGCCUUUUGCACCUUGUAACUCGUUAAAGCUUCCACAGUCUGAGUUUGAAAAGUUACCGUUGCCUGUAAAACAAGUAUUGGAACCAAAGUAUUGGGAUGAAAGAAACCAUCAAAGGGCAGAAAUAUGGAACGCUGUUUUAGAGUUUCAACGAAAGCCUGGUGACACGGGGUCAGCGGAAGUACAAGUCGCAGUGUUCACAAAAAGACUACAAGUAUUGGAGAAACAAUUGAAGAGAAAAAAAGAUGAUAGGAGAGCUCGAUUUUUGUUUGAUCACUUGACGUCGAGGAGACAAAGAUUGUUGCAGUAUCUAGCUAGACAAAACAAAGAACAUUGUGCUCAAGUGAUGGCAAGACUGGGUUUGGAAGCAAGUGCUAUGUUUCCAAAGGAUACCGGCGCUAUGUUCCAUAGAGAUCAUCCUUUUAUACGUUUUGGUGAUAUGAAAACAAGCCCCGGAAAGCAACAACAACCACAUAGUACGGAUAAAAAUAACAAUCCAAUAGGAGCCUAAAAAAUCUUUCAGUGUAAAAUGAAAUAAAUUAGAAAACUCUGUGUGAUCUCAAAGUCAUAGAAUCUUGAAAAAGCCAAAAGUUCCAGUAAACAAAUUUACCACGCU